AUGACGCUGAUGGCUGCCCUGUGCGCCCCCGCUCUCGACGCAGAGGAGGAGGAACUGAGCCUCACAGUGUUCCGCCACGAGUACAGGCGCGUGCGCCGAGCCUUCGCCGACCUGCUCUCGAAGCAGUACAGGCGGGGGCCAGGCGCUACGACGCACGACUGGCGCGGCGCGGGCUACGGCGCGCCUCCGGGCUGGGGCUACGGCGCGCCCCCAGGCGUGCCCCCCCCGCGGCCGGGCGUCCCGCCGCGCCCCGGCGAGUACGGGUGGCAGCUGCCCCCGCCGCGGCCGGACGACAUCAGCCGCUUCGGGGGCGCGCCGCCCCCGGCCUGGGGCGCGCCGCCGCCGUCCCCCUACGGGCCCUACGGCCCGCGGCCGGGGGAGCCCCCAGGCCCCCUGGCCCAGUGGACGCUCCAGCCGCCCGGCUGGGGCGCGCCCCCGCCGGGCGCCCACGUGCCUCAGCAGGCGCCGCCAGGGCAGGCCGAGAAAGGGGCAGGCCCUGGGGCCAGCGCCGACAAGAGGCCCCGGGCCGAGGCCGGAGGCCCCGCGGCCGGCAGCGCGGCCGCCGCCGAGGCCGAGGAGGCCGAGGAGGAGCUGCCGCCGCCGCCGACGCCGGCGCAGCGGCUGGGCAAGGUGCGCAUCGUGCGCACCGCGCUCGGCGAGAAGACGCUCUCGCGGCUGAAGGCCGUGGGCAUCUCGGUGGACGUCCCGGGGGCCAGCAGGCCCGCCCCGAGCGAGGCGCUGGACGGCGGCGACGCCGCGGAGGUGGCCUCGGUGGUGGCCGCCGCCGUCGGCGCCCAGUGCGCGCGGCUGGGCCUGGACAGCGCGGGCGUCGGCGGCGGCGCCGCCACCGCCGGUGCGGCGCUGAGCGCGGCCGGGCGCGCGCGGCUGCCACAGCCCGUGCCGGGGCCCCCGCGGCUGCCCCCGUGCACCGCGGGCAUCUCGCAGGCAGGCCUCUGGGAGCUGUUCCGGGAGCAGUGCGGCUCGCCAGUGCCCGCCGACACCCCGCCGAUGUUGUGCGAGCUCCGCACCUCCCGCGUGGGUGGGCAUGUCGUCGUGCCGGUGCUGGCGGUGAGCGAGGUGUUCGGCGCAGGCGACGUCAUUUUGGUUGCCGCCGCCCAGAGAUUUUCCAUCGAAGGGCGCUCCCGGUCCUGCAGGUGCAGGGGCCCCGCACUUGUAGCGCUCGGGCUGCUGUUGCUGGCGCUGGCCAUCCAGACGACGCUGCCCGCGACACUGCUGCGUCGAAUGCGCAUGUCCGCAGGGCAGGUUGCGGAGGAGAUGAAGCUCGCGGGCAGACAGUAUUGUUGCUUGGCCGCGAUGGACGCCGGCGACGCAUGCGGCUCUUGCUGGGACGGGGCGGGGUCGGCGGAUUCUUCGUGGUGCGGCGAAUCCGCAGAGAAUUGCCAGGGCUGUGGCCAGACCGCCUUCUGGUGCCCCGCACAGACGCCAGAGCCUACCCCAGCGCCUACCCCUGACCCGGCUGAAGGCUUGGCUUCUGGGGAGCUAGUCGACUUCGCAAGUAGACCAGACGCUUCUUUCUAUUGCAUCUCGCUCAUAAGGCCGGAGUCGAAGGAGGCGAAGCUCACAAGAGCGCAGCUUGACCAGGAGGUCGGCAUGUUCAGUUGCAACGCCUACACUGUAUUCAGCAACACUGAAUUUGUCUUGCGGGAAGACCCACAUGUCGCGACUGAGGCGAUCCCUGGGUCUCUAGAGGUGCAGCGAGGAGGCAUCUGGUUUACGGCGCUCAACACCGACGUCUUCGUGAGGUUGUGGACGAAAGUCUUUGACGACGGCCGCUUUUCCAGUUACGAAUGGACCAUCAAGCUGGAUGCCGACACGGUGUUCUUCGCCGACCGAAUGCGGGCGCGCUUGCGGGUUGGAUCUCCGUAUCCUCGAAUAUCGUAUUUCAACAAUUGUAAGAUUGAUGAUAUGCACGGCCCUCUGGAAGUGCUGUCUCGAGGAGCAAUGACUGCAUUCCAGAGUGGAAUCCAGCGCUGUCGUGAUUCGGGCGUGACGGACGAGGAGUUGUGGGGCGAGGACGUCUUCGUGAGGCAGUGCUUGGAUUUCUUGGGCGUUGUCAAGGUGAACGACUGGGAGCUGCUCAGCGAGACGGCAUGCGACGAGGACCUUUCAAAGGGCUGCAUAUCUGGGAAGGUGGCUUUCCACCCGUUCAAAGACGUCGACAGCUACUUCAAGUGCGUGGAUGAGGCGAAAGGGCUCGAGACAAGUUCGACAACGCAGACUGCGACGCUGCUCGAGGGCACGACCACCGGCGGCCGUCCCCCAACGGAGGUACGCUGGCUGGUCGACGACUCGGAGCUGAACGCGGCCACCCUGGGCCUGGCAUACAGGCGCACGCCCCAGGAAAACGACAGGAUUGAGGGCGAGUGGGCCAACUGGGGAGACAUCGUCAGCGGUGUGCUCACAGAGGAAGGGGAGUGGGUGCGCGUCGGCGAGCGCUUCCUGCCCGUGCGGCUCGACGGGGCUAGCGUGCUGCUGCCCCAGACGCUCUGGGAGGCCGACAACAGCCGACUGCAGGACGUCUCGGCGGGCCUGGCCUUCCGCAGCAGCCCGAGCCUGGACGACAAGGCCAAGGGCGAGACGGUCCUGUGGGGCGACCUUGUGGAGGGCAGCCCCACCCCAGACGGCGCGUGGCUGCAGGCGCGCGGCAAGUACCUGCCCAUGCGCCUCGGCGGCGUCCCGGUGCUCCGACGGCGGGAGGGCUACGGCGAGGCCGAGGAGGACCUCUCCAGCAGGGAGGCCACCGGCGCUCCCGGGGACCACCCGCCGGGCGUCCUCCGGGGCACGGCGCGCUCGGUGGCCGCAUAGUGUAGGCGGCUGUGGCGCCCCC